AUGGAUAAUCAUAACGGGCAACAUAAACGAUGGCAAUAUGAAGUGGGUUCUAAUAAUGGGAAAGAGAAUAUAGAUGUAGACAGUGAAUCAGAUGAUUCACUCUUAGAAAAUUUACUUAAUUUAAAUGAAUCUGAAAAUAUAGAUGAUAGUUUUUAUUCAUCUAUUCCAAAAAACAAUAAGCUUAAAAAUGGAAAAAAAAAUAAACAAUUUGAAAACGAUGAGGGGGAAGAAUCAGAUUUACAUCAUGACUAUAAUUAUGAGGAGACUAGCGAAAGUGAGGAAGAAGAAAAAAGUGAAGAAGAAAAAAGUGAAGAAGACAAAAAUAAAAGUGAGGAAAAGAGCAACUAUUCCGAUUUAGUGAGUGAUGAUGAUGUUUUGAAAUAUUAUAAUAUGGUAAAAAGUAGCAAAUCAAAUGAUGAAAGUUUACAAAAUAAAAUUAAUAAAUUAUUAAACUUAAAGAAAAAAGUUGAAACAUAUGAAGAAAAACAAAAAAAAAUAUUAUUAAAUUCGGUAAACGAUGAUGAUAUUGAUAUUUUGUUAUAUGACAAUAAGGAAGAUGAAAUGUAUUUUUUUCAUUUUUUGGAUGAGUUAAAUAAAUUUAAAAAAAAAACGCUAGCUGAGUAUGAAAAUGAAAAAGUAGAAAGACAAGAUGAAAUAUUUGAUUCCAUUAAUAAUAGGAAUAUAAUAAUAGGUGAAGAGAGGUUACUAGAUAUUAAUAAUAUAAAUUUAAAUAAUAUUUUAUAUUUUUAUUUUUAUUCUAAUCAGUCUUAUAUAUUAAAUUUAGGGAAUACAAAUAAAAAUGUAUAUACAUAUGACUCAUAUAUAUUUGAAAAUUAUGAUGAACUAGAUGAUGAAUCAGGUAAUUUAAAAUUAGACAGUAGUUCAAAUACGAGUAUUAGUGAUGAAGAUUUAUUAUUAUUAAAACAUAACAAUGAUGAAAGUGAUAACAUGUUUGAUGAUGAAAAUGGAUAUUUAGAAAAACAAAGGAAUAAGAAAAAGAAAGGAAGAAAAAAAAAACGAGGAAAUAAAAAAGGAAAAACUGAAAAAAUGGUAGGAUCAAAUGAACCAUCAAAAAUGAAUAAAGAAGUAGAAAGUUUAAUAAAUAAAGCUAAUAAUAAUUAUAUUAAUCAAAAUUAUAAAGAAUGUAUAAAAUUAUUAGAACAAGUUAUAAAGAUAUCUCCAGAUUUACAUGACCCUUAUCAUUUAUUAGGUUUAAUAUAUGAAAGGGAAUAUGACAAUUUAAAAAAAGCGAUCAAUUAUUAUUUGAUAGCAGCACAUUUAACUCGUAAUGAUUUUUUGACAUGGUAUAAUAUUUCUAAUUUAUGUAAAAUUGAAAAAGAAUAUAAUAUAUUAUUAUAUUGUUUAUAUAAAGCAAUGAGAUUAUAUAAAAGAAAAAAAGCAAGGUUACAAAAAAAAAAAAAUAAUAAUAAGGAAAUAAAUUUAACAGAUGAAAACAGCCCAAAUGAAUAUUCAUUAUAUAUGCAUGAAAUAGAAAAUGAAAAAAGUCCAAAUAGUAAUGAAGGUGAACAGAGUGAAACUCAAAUAGAUUUCAAAAAAACAGAUGAAGGAAAUUGUGAUCAUUAUGAUAAAAAAGAGGUGUUUGAUGAUUUUAUGAAUCACCUACAUUUUAAUAUCGCAUUUACAUAUAUACUAAUAGAAGAUUAUAAAAAUUGUCUAAAAAAUUUAUUAAUAAUAAAAGAGAAUAAUAAUAGGGGUUCAUAUAAUAUAAUUGUGGAUAUAUAUAUUUGUAUAUGUUUAGUAAUUAUAAAUAGACCCGAAGAAUGUUAUAGCUUUUUAAAAGACAUGUAUAUAAAAGUGACAAAAAAAGCAUCUCAUUAUAGUUUAACAUAUUAUGAAAAAAAUAUAAUUUGUUUAUUUAUGCAAUCACAAAUAUUAAAUAAUAAAUAUAAUGAAUGUAUAUUUGUUUAUAAAAAAUUAACAAGAAAUAAUGAGCAUGUACAUGUUGAUAUUUUUUCCCAAUUUAUAAAAUCCAUAAUAAGUGUUGUAAAUUUAAAAUCUAGGUAUCUUAUUAAUACAAAUUUUUUUGAAAUGCUAAAAAAGAAUUAUAUUUUAUAUGAAGAUAUAAUAUUUAGUGUUGCUGAAUCGUAUUAUGGUAAAGGAAUGUAUACAUGUGCAAUAUAUUUUUAUCAACUUAUUUAUAAGCAAAAAAGACAAGGAAAAUGUAAUGACACCAUUGGAAGUAGUGAUAGUGAAAGUGGGAAUUUUCUCAAUAAUAUAACUACAGAAAAAGCCAGAUCAAUGAAUGAAAUAAUAUCAUUUGACAAUAAAAUAAAUCUUACAAACUUUGUUUAUAAAAUGGUAAAAAGUUAUUAUUAUAUAGGAGAUUAUGUAAAGGGAGAAAAAAUAAUAUUAAAAAUAUUAAGUAAUGAAAAUAUUGAAAAAGAUAAUAUAGAAAUAGAUAUAAAAACAUUAUAUAUUGAUAUUUUAUAUAAAUUAAAAAAAUAUAAUAAAUCUAUUAAUAUAUUAUUAAGUAUAAAAGAAAAAAAAUUGAGAUCAACAUUUUCUAUACCUAAACCACUUAGUAAUAAAGAAAGAGAAAUAUUAUUAUUAAAAAUAUUUCGAAAAAAAAAUAAAUUAUUACUAUAUACAUCACAUAAUAAAUAUAUAUUACAUAUAUUUUAUAUAUAUCCUCAAAAAAAACAAAAUAGUGAUAAAACUUUUACCCAUAAUAAUAUUCAUUAUAUGUAUGACAACUAUGUAUCUCAUAAAAAUAUUAAUAAUAUUAUUAAAAUCAAUUCGAAUAUUUGUUUUUGUUACUUUUGUAUAAAAUAUAAUUUGCCAAUUUUAAAUUCUUUUUAUUUAUAUAACAUUUUACACACAAUGAAUUGUAAAAAUAUGGAAGUUAAAAAAAUGUGUCAAGACUAUGUUGGAGAAUUACAUAAAUAUCGUGAAUAUCUGCUUUACUUAAGUUCUUCUUUUAAUAUAUUUAAAAACGAGAGUAAAAAGGAGAACUAUACUACUAUUGUUUAUAAAAAUUUGAAAAUCGAAGAAAACAAAUUAUAUUAUAAAGAUGUCAUGAUAGUUGACAUUGUUGAGAUAAUUGAAGGAAACUAUGAUAAAAAAAAAGAAUUAUCAAAAACAGUUUGUAACAUUAAUAAUGUAGAUAGUAAUACACGUGAAGAGUUUUACUCUAACCUUUACAAGUACAAAUAUAACAUCGAAUCUGAAAUAUUAAAUAAUAGGGUUGUCAUGAAGUUUUACAAAUUUAGUUACACCCUUUUUUAUUUUUUAUACGAAUUAGAACAUGACUUUAGCAGAAUAUAUGCAUGUAUGGAAAAGGAGACCUUCCAUUUUAGGAAGUUAAAGAAAGACAAUCAGAAAAUGAUGGGAAAAAAUGAUAAGAACAUAAUAUCAACAUCACAUCCUGGUGGUAACUAUGAUGGGGUACUUAUGAAACUAAAAAAUAACAGCAUGACUAGCGAUAAUUGUGAAAGCGGAACAAACAGAAUUAGCCAAAUGGAUGAGAUAAAUUUUAACCACAAUCAAUAUGAAAUAAAAGAGAGAAAAAAAAAAAAAGGAGUUUCAUUUUUACAUACAAAAAAAAAAAUGAAUUUUUUUUCUUUCGAAAGUUAUUUAGGACUUUAUUUUAGUAUUUUAUUUUUAGAGGAAUGUUUUUUUUUAGUAAGUAUAAUGAACUUAUAUGAUGACUCAAUUCAUAUGUUAAGUUUAUAUUUAAAGAAUAGAAAAUCCAGUAAAAUAAAAUUAUUAACAUACAUAAAUUUUAUAAAAACCGAAUUUAAAAAAAGACAUGAUACAAAUAUAUUUUCUAAUAUUCAUUAUUAUUUUUUUGAUAAUAUAUAUACUAAUAGUAUAAAGGAAAAUAUUAAUAAACAUUAUAAUAAAAUAAUAAAAAAUGGAAAUAAUAAUAAUAUAAAAAAUAGAGAUUGUAGGUAUUAUAUUUUUCGAAUCAAUUUGUUACUUAACAAGUUGUACAUAUCUAGUGGGAAUUAUGAAAAACAAGUUAGAUACUUAAAUGAUUUGUACAUAUUUAAUAAAAAAAAAAAAAAUGAAUAUAGAAUUUUAAAAUAUUAUACUGAUAUAGUUUUAACAGGAAGAUUUUCUCAAAAUUUUUUAGUAUCUGUAUCAAGGUCAAAGUAUAAAAAUAUUUUAAUUAUAUUUAGAUUAUUCCUAGUUCGAAGUAUACACUUUGAUAAAACAAAUCCGUUUCUUAUUUAUUUAAUUGCAAAUGUUUGUAAUAUAUCUUCUAUGGUUAUUCAUGCAAUUCAUGAGUUUACACGAGCCUACACCUUCUUGUUAAAUUCAAGACGUGAAAACAGUCGCAUAUUGAACAAGGGAAAUGCAGAUAAAGCUCAAGUAAAAAAUAAAAUGGAGCAAAUAAACAUAAAGAAUUUGAAUGAGGGUGCAAUAGAAUGUUGUGAUAGUACACCUGGUCAGAGCGAAAAUUCGGAAGGUGAAAUAAAUGAACAAAAUGAAAGAGAAAUGGAAAAAGAAGGGCAUGGUUAUAUAGAAAAAAAAUUAGAAAACAAGUUUGAAGGAAUAUCUGAUGAUGUAAAUUUUUUAUUUAGUUUGAUGGCAUCUUAUUUUAAUUAUUCAGGGGCAUAUAAAGUAGAAAAUAGGGAAUCAGUUAUUAUGACAUCUUUUUGUAUAUUAAAUGAAUAUAUAUUAAAAAGAUAUGAUCAAAAAAUUAAGAAGAAAAAAAAAAAAUAUAUAAAAUAUUCUCAAUUUUAUAAAAUUUAUAAAUAUAUAUAUUUAGCUGAAAUAUUAUAUAAUUUAGGAAGAGCUUUACAUUAUUUAUCUUAUUUUAAUGAAUGUAUAAAACUAUACUUAAAUGUUAUAACACUUAUAAAAAAAGCAGAUAAAGAAAUAAAAAAAUUAUUAAAAUUUAAUGAAAGAUUUAUAUAUGAUUAUGUUAUUAAUAUGAAAAAAUGUAUGUGCUAUACAUGUCUUAAUUAUUCAUCUACUUAUCAAAAAACAGAUUUAAUAAAAAUAGUAAAUUAUUACAAAAAUUUAAAUACAAAAUAUUCCAAUUUUUACCUUCUCUUUUUUGAUAAAAAGCAUCUCCUUUUCUCUGCGUCUUAUAAUCUUAGUGUUAUUUUUCGAAAACUUGGCAGAUUUGAGCAAGCGAAAUAUUUUCUUCGUCAUAUUGUAUGGGAUUAG